AUGAUGCUCUCUUCACCAAAAUCAGCUUCGUCGCCAACUUCGCCAGGAUCACAGGCUCAGCGAUUUUUCAGUCAAGGAAAACGCAUUCCAAAAGGUUGGUUCGGAGUGGAAAUAGGGUGGAUUCAGAAGCCACGUGGCAUUGUCUGUCAGACAUUGGAACUCAAAGGGUUGAAGGGAAACUAUAGCUGAAAUCCACGUGGAAUUUUCUAAGAACUUUGUGUUCUGUGAAACUUCUAGAAGCCAAGUAGAGUUCUGUAGAACUUCCAGAAGCCACGUGGAUUUAUGUAAAACUUUUAGAAGCCAAGUGGAAUUCUGUAGAACAUCCAGAAGCCACGUGGAUUUCCGUAAAAAAUUUUAGAAGUUUCGUGAACUUCUGUAGAACUUCCAGAAGCCACGCCUGAAUUGCUCCCAGCCAAAAACUCUCCAUUUUUCAGAUGUCAAACGUCACUGCGGAAUGUGUAAACAACACGGUUUGCUCGUCGAAACCCGCGGUCACACCUGCGGCUACAAAUCCUGUCAAUGCGAGCAAUGCGAGUUGGUCCGCAAGCGCCGUGAAAUCAUGUCCACACAAAUCCGUCUCCGCCGCGAGCAAGACAAAAAAUUCCAACGGACCACCGACGCUUCCGAGGCGGAUAUCGUCCCGUGGACCGGGGAAAUUGGAGAGGCCAAGCAGAUUCCGGACAAUAUUAACAUGUGUUAUUUCUGUCAGAAAUGUAAGAAUCAUGGGAUUCUGAUGUGGAAGAAGGAUCAUAAAAAGAAGUGUCAAUUCACGGAUUGUCGAUGUGAACAAUGUGAUUUGAUUGAUUCAAGAAGAGCGUUAGAUCGACACAUCAAGAAGAGAAAAUUAAGUGAUACCGGAACUCUCAAAGCAGAAUCUGUUGGCUCAAAGAGCCCAAGAAAAGAGGAAUGCUCAUCCGAAGAAUCCUCCUCCUCGGAUUCUUCAUCUCUUUGCGGUGGAAACCUUCUCACCGUCCCAACAAUCUUCAAAAGAUCCACAUCGAGUUUGGAAGCACCUAUAUCACCAACAACUGCGCCUGUCACACCACUCAAUUUCCCGCUCCCACUUCCCAUGUUUCCCAUUUUCCCACAAGCCCCGCUACUCAACUUCAAUCCUUAUGCGGCGUUUUUGGGAAGCAACCAGCAAUUCUUCUUCGAUAUGCAGAUGUUGUUUCAGAAUUUGAAUUGUUUGAAUGAGAUGGCAAUGCGGAAUAGUGAAUAA